AUGCAAUAAUACAUUAAAGAAAUAUUUCAUUUGAGACUCGCAGAGUUAUUAGAUCAUUUAUACUUUCAUGAUGCAAAACCUUCAAUAAAUAUAAUGAUAGUAAUUAUAUUUUUGAUGUAAAAAUUAUAUCUCUUGUUUUGGCCAUAAAAUUCCCAUAGAGAGUAUUCAGAUGUAUGAAUAAUUAUAUUGUUUAGGAAGUUUAUUUAAAUAUCAGUGGAUCGCUUUUUUCUUGGAUUACAUUUUAAAAACCACUAGAAAUGAUCAACUCAAAUCUAAUAUAUAAUCUUAUAAGUAUUUUCUAUACUAUUUUGCAUUUGACUAUGUUUGUAGUUUUUAGCUUUUCACUUUAUAAUUGGUAAAUUGUUUCAAAAAUAUUUACUUUCUAUAUAUCAUAUUAUUAGCUAAUAAUCUUAUAUCACACUGAAAUACAUCACUUAAAACAAUAAAAUGAUUUAAUAGUAAUCUUAUUAUUGGGUAUUCCACUUUACAUCAACUAUUUAAUUAUAGUUUAUUGUUCUCGUAAUUACUUUAUUAUAUCAUAAUAACAUAUGCUAAAGAGAUACUCUCUUUAUAAUUAUUUAAUUGUAAUUGCCGAUUUUUUAUAUUUCAUUACAUAUUCCCUUUGUUCUGAUUACUUGUCUAAAUACUUACUACUUUUAUUAUGUAUUGUAUAUUUUAUUGAUGCAAUGAUAAUGUAACCAUAUUGCAAUAAAAUUAAUGUAUUUAUUGUUGUUAAUAUUAAAGCUCAUCUAUAUUGGUGCAACAGGAGUUCUAAUUGUAUCAGUUAUAGUUAGAAUAGUACUUUGGAAUGAAUCUUUAUAUUCUUAAUUUUAUGGAAUAAUGUUACUAGUUCCUCUAUUUUCUCAUAUCUUUAUGUAAAUAUAUUAGAUCAUUUCUGAAGAUGUAAAGUAGUAAAAACUUUCAAUGUCUUUAAUCCUAAAUUUAGGUGAGAUUAUUAAUCACAAUAAUUCAAAUUCAAUUUAAAAGGGUAUAGGAAACUAUUUGAUAAAAUAGUAUAUAGAUGUUGAAAUUUUGAAUACUUAAAGUAUUCUUUAAUUGCUAGAGCAUUAUAUGAAGAAUUUAGAAAAAAAUGAUUAAUGGGAAGAAAUUUAAUUAUAUAGAAUCCUUUUAAAACAUGAAAUAUAGGGAACUUACCUAUAAAGUUUAUUAGAGACAAAGAGAUUUUAGAUUUAAAAUAAAAAUCAUUCAUUAUUUUUUAAAACAAUAGGUUUUUUAAUUAGUAAGAAAUAUGAUCAAUAAAUUUAAGAUUUAUAUUCAGGAGAAAGUAUAUCUAAUUAACAUUAUCAUUAUUAAAUUAUAAAAAUCAAAGAGGCAGAUAAUUUAUUUUAAAGUAGUUUAGAUAUAUUUUCAGAUUUGCUUGAUUAAAAAAUAUAAAUAUGGAUUCAAUUAUAAAAAGGAUAUGAUAAAAUAGAACACACUGCUGAAGAUUUAACUAAAAUGUAUAAAAUUUUGAAUAAAUUGAAAAUCAAAAUGAUUUAAAUGAUAUAAACUACUGAUAUGGAAUCUAUAUUAAAAGUGUAAACAUUAAAAAAAUUCAAUAUUGUAGAAUUAAGAUUUUUAUCUCUUUAUUUUUCUUUUGUUGCAAAUGAUUAUUAAUAAACUAAAAUUAUUGAAAUUUAUAUAGAAGAUUUGAUAAAAUAAGAAAAUAAUUCAUCAAAUUCCUCUAUUUUAAAUAUAAAUAUAAUGAAUAAUGAUCUAAUUGUUAUUUGUUCUAGUAUUUUAGAAAAAACUGGAUAAAUUGUAAAAGCAAAUAUUGAAGAGAUUAGUAGAUUCUUUGGAUAUGAAGAUAAAAAUAAAAAAUAAGAUUUACAUCUAAUUAAUUUAUAUAUGCCAAAAUUUAUAAGUCAAGAUCAUGAUUAAUAUGUUUAUAAAUUUAUUAAUAAAGGAAAUUCAUCCUUAUACAACAAAGGAAAAUUAGUAUUUUGUAAAGAUUAUGAAGGUUUUAUAUUUCCAAUCAUACUAAGUUUCUUGCAUAUAAAUGAAAAAUCUGAAGACUUUAUUUUGACUACUGCUUUAAAAAAAGUACAAUCUAAUUAAGAUUACAUACUUUUUGAUUAAAAUGGUAAAAUCUUAGGUAUAUCCAAAUAUAUCUAUUCGAUAUUAAUGAAUACUCCCACUAUUAAUAGUUCUACUUAAUCAAUUUAUUCAUCAAUUGAUCAAUCUAUUUAUGAAUGCUAUAUAUAAUUUUGGAUUCCUAACAUUGAUUCUUUAAUAAAAAGUUCUAAUUUUGAUCAUGAAAAUUAUUCAAUUAAUAAAGUUAUUAUUGAAAUAUCAAUACUAACUAACUUUAUACAAUAUUUAUAUUAUUUUAAAUAAUAUUAAAAUAUUAAUCCUUAAGUUUAUAAAGAGAAUUCUUAUUUUGAAGAAUUUUUGCAAAAUAUUAAAUAAUAAUUGAGCAAUCAUUUAAUUUUGAAUUGCAAGAUUUAGUUUGAAGUUCAAAUCUAAAUACAUUAAUUACCUACUGGUUAAUACUAUUAUAUUUGUAGUAUGUCUAAACAAUAUAAAGAAGCAUAAUCUAUACCUAGUAUUGAUAAGAAAACAUCAACAUAUAGUUAAUUUUAAUUAAUCUAAUAAUAAUAAGUUAAAAUUUUUACACAUUCUACACUUCCAAAAUUUAUAACAGAUUUAGAAAAAAUAACUGAAAUUGCACCUUAAACAAAUAGAAUAUAUGAAAAUCAAAUGUUAAUUAAAGAUUUAAAUUAAGAAUAAAAAUAAGAAUUGCUUUUUUCUAAUGUUGAAAGUUAAUAAAUUAUAAAUUAAAUAAAUAGUAGCUCUUAAAUUGAAAAAUAAAAAAAAAAUGAUUUAAUUGAAUUUGAUGAUUAAAAAAUAUCAUAAUCAAGUCGAUAUUCAAGAAAUUCAAAUUUUUAAGUAUUAGAAUAAAUUAGAGAAUAUUAAAAAAAUAAAGAAUUUUGUGUUUCAAUUAAAAAAAUAUGGAUUGUAACUAUCUUCCUAUAUAUUAUAAUAUUUUUAUUGAUGUUAGUAAUACUAAUUGUUUUAUCUUAAUUAAAUGAUUUAUUAUAAUAUGAUAUAUAAUUGGUGAGGAUUCCUGAUAAAUUUAAUCGUUUAUAUUGUUCAUUUGCUACAAUGGGACAAAUGGAUUUAGAAAGAUCAUUGUUAGGUAAAGAUUAUGGCUAAUAUCUUAAUUAUCGAAUAAUCAAUCAAGCUAGCACUAUUAGAAAUGAAAUGGAAACUAUGAUGAUAAAUUUAAAAAACAGAUUCUCUAUUUUAGAAAAUGAAAAUAGACUUUAAAAUUUAACUGUUAGAAUUCUUAAUGAAUUUAGUUAUUUUGAAGAAGAAUUAUCAAUGAUAUAAUUUGAUAUGAUUGCAGAUACAUACACUUAAUCAUUAUUUUAAUACAUUAAUUAAGCAUUAAAUUACUCAGCAUCUAAUCAUCUUUAUCUUAUAGAUGAAUAUUAUAAAUUAUAAUUUAUCAAAGCAAAUCUAAUAAACUAAAUAACUAGUUCUUAAAAUUUGAUAGAUUAAAUUAUUGUAGAAAUAAUAAAUUAAUAAGAAAACACAAAUGUUGUACUUAAUAUAUUAUUGUGUGUCAAACUAUGUUUUGUAAUAGGUUGUAUUUUUUGUUUAAUUUAAUUAUGGAAACAACCUUUUAAAAUAGUUUAAUUAUAAAUUUAGUUAUUAAGCCAUUUAACUGAGCAAUAAAUUAAAAUAAGCAUUAAUACAGCUAAAUAAGCAAAAUCAAUAAUUAAUCAUCCAUAUAGAUGGAAAAGAACUAACUAUAUGAAUGAAUGUUAUCAUAAAAAUAUUUAAAAGCGUGAAUAAGAUAUUCUAAAUAAAAUAGAAAAUUUUACAAAAAAAAAGACUAAAUAAAAUUUAAAACUCUUUGAUUACUAAUUUAAUCAUAUAGGUGUCUAUCUCAAAAAUAGCAUGUAUCUUUUAUUCUUUUUAAGUUUUAUUUUAUCAAGUUUUUUUUAUAUGAAAAAUGGUAUAGAUUCUAGUUAAUCAGAAAUUCAAUUAACAAUCUAAUAUGUUUAAUUCAAAUAAGAUUUAGAUUCUUUAAUGAUUUUAACUUAGUUAUUAAAAACAAAUUCAAUUUUAUCAGAAAAAGUUCGUGAAUUAGGUUUUCUUGAUUUAAAUCCAUAACUAUUGGAUACAAAUAAAUAUUUUCAUAUUUUAGAAUAAGAAUUAUUAGCUUAAUUCCAAUUAAAAUAUUAAAAAGCUUAAGAAAUCAAUGAAAUAAUUUUUUAAGAUAUAGUAAACUCUAAAAAAAUAUCUUAAAUUGACAAAGAAAUAUUAUAAACAUUAUAUUAAGAUGAUUUGUGUUCUGUGAUGAAUGAUUAGCUUCCUUUCUGUAAUUUUACUAAUAAUUAAUUUUUCUAUUUUCCAGAUUUCCCUAAACCAAAAGAUGAGGACAAUAAUAGAGAAAUUUUUAGGAAUGGAAUUAAUGGGAUUUUUUCAAAGUAAUUAAUUAUUAAUAUAAUAGAUUAAUUGCAAUUUUGAAAUCAUAUUAUUAAUUAGAAUUAUAAGGCUAGAUAAAUACAAAUAAAACUGAAACUGAAUAUUUUUUAUCAACUUUAGAAUUUAAGCAUUAUAUUUUAGAAUACUUUUUUGAUAUUAACAAAGCUGUAGUUAAAUUUUAUGUUACUAUUUUGGAAUCAACAACUAAAAUAUUACAAAAUGAUUUUUAAAAUACUUUGUUUUUUUAUUUAAUCUUUGGAUUUUCAGUUUUAGUAGCAUAAGGAACUUUGUAGAUUACAAAUUUGUCCAAAAUAUAAGAAUUAGUUUCAGCAAGUAAAUUUACAUUCAUCUUGAUGCCAUUAGAAAGUCUAAAUGAAACUAAAUGUCUAGCUAUUAUCAAACAAAUUGUAAAAUAAUAAAGGCUCUGA